UAUUUUGAAAACAGGCACAGGAAUGACAGUAGCUGACUUCAGGAUGCUCAAACUUCUGUCCUCACAGUAAGAGCACGCGGAUACUGAUCAAUGACACUUCAUUUUCAUUCACUGUUGUUUCAUUCCUGAUGUAGUUUAAUGUGAAUAUCGCGCGCGCACAUGGCGUGCUUCUUCAGGAGGAGUGUUGCGCUGCAGCUUUCAAAGGUGGUCGGAGUGUCUGAAGAUGCUUUAAUACCCCUGAUCUCUGCUGUGCCAGUGUCGAAGAAACAGACGACCUCUGACCUGCGUGUGUCGGUCAACAGUCUGCUGCAGAGAGGAGCUGUUCCUCCUGAUGGAGACCUGCAGACCCAAACACAAGCGCUGGCCAAUCAGAUCAAACGUGACGCUGUCGUGGAAGAGGUCGUCGCUGGUCGAGGAGUGAUUCACUUCAGAUUGAACAGACUGAUCCUGGCGCAGAAGCUCUUAGAGCAGCUGCACUCAGAGCCCGACGGGUUUGGCGUGAAGAGCGACCUUCUGCGCCAUCUUCAGGGCGGCCGGACGCUUGUGGAGUUCAGCUCUCCAAACAUCGCUAAGAAAUUUCAUGCCGGACAUCUUCGCUCCACUAUAAUCGGAAACUUCAUUGCCAAUCUAAAGAAGGCCUUGGGGAAAGAUGUUAUUCGAGUCAAUUAUUUGGGCGACUGGGGAAUGCAGUUUGGUCUGUUGGGAGCUGGUUUUGAGCGCUUCGGCUCUCAGGAGAAGCUGAAGACGCGGCCGCUGGAGCACCUGUUUGAGGUCCGUCCUUACAGAGACGUCUGUGUGUUUCAUUUACUCUCAUUGUCACUAGUUGAUUUGUUUUCACUGGGGCUGCAGGUGUACGUCCAGGUGAACCGUGAGGUCGAGAGUGACGAGAGCGUGCGUUCGGCCGCUGCAGAGUUUUACAGGCGUCUGGUUCAGCGGGAGGAUCAGGCCCUGGAGCUGUGGAGACAGUUUCGAGAGAUCACUGUCGACGAAUACAAACGCAUCUAUCAGCGUUUAGGCGUUGACUUUGACCAUUACUCUGGAGAGUCGUUUCAUGACGGUCAGACCCAGAAUGUGCUGGAAGAGCUGAAGACCAAACGCCUGCUGAAGACCACUGAGAAGGGCACAGGUGUGGUGGAUCUGUCUGCGAUGGGUGAUAUGUCGUCGUACGCCACAUUAGUGCGCAGUGAUGGGACGUCCCUGUACAUCACCAGAGACAUUGCAGCAGCGCUGGACAGGAAGCAGAGGUUUGGCUUUGAUGAGAUGAUCUAUGUGACAGAUAAGAGUCAGUCCGUCCACUUCCAGCAGCUCUUUCACAUCCUGUCAGCCAUGGGACACGAGUGGGCAGAGAGGUGUCAUCAUGUGGCGUUCGGGUUGGUGCAGGGCAUGAGCACACGCCGCGGGGAGGUGGUGUUCCUGGAGGAUGUGCUGGAGGAGGCGCGGAGCCGGAUGAUCAACAACAUGAGACAGUCCAGAACUUCAAAAGUGCUGGAGGAGCCGGAGCUGACGGCCGAGAGGGUGGGGAUCAGCGCUUUAAUCAUACAGGACUUCAAAGGGCCUCUGAUAUCAGACUAUAAAUUCGAUUGGGACAAAGUCUUGCAGUCUCAAGGGGACACGGGUGUGUUUCUGCAGUACACACACGCCCGACUCUGCAGUUUGCUGAGGAGACACGCGAGUGAGUCGUACUCUUGCCGUGACGUCUCUCCUCUCACGGACAGCAGAAGUGUUUCAGUUCUCCAGCACCUGCUCAGAUAUGAUGAAGUUCUUCUUCAGUCGGCGAAUGACCUGCAGCCCAGACACCUGGUCAACUUCCUCAUGACUCUCAGUCACCUGGUGGCCUCGGCUCAUCGAGAGCUGCCCGUGAAGGGAAGUCCAGCGGCGGCAGCCCAGGCCCGACUCUGUCUGUUCAGUGCCGUCCGGUCAGUUCUGGCCAAUGGGAUGAGGAUUCUGGGUAUUACGCCAGUUGAUAAAAUGUGAAUUUCUGUUUAAUCACUAAAUAAUAAAAGUCUUUUAUAUUA